AUGGAUCAGAAGUCGUUCCUCGUCAUCGCGGGUCUGGCCUUGUCCACAGUGGCUGUACCGGUCCUCCACGUCGACCGGAAGCGCUCAGACGACCAGCCAUCUUGGGAGAACAUCGCCUCAGCCACGGGCACGUACUGGACAGACGCACCAGUGCCAACGUCCAGCUUCGUGUGGAAAAAUUUGCCAUCGACCUCCGGAGUCGCUUACUGGUCCGAUGCACCUGUGCCAACGUCACUCCAGUCAUGGGAAAAUAUACCAUCUACGAACGGGCCGUAUUGGUCAGAGGCACCCGUGCCGACUCCAGGUCAACCGUGGGAGAACAUCCCAUCCACCACUGGGCCGUACUGGUCAGACCUGCCUGUGCCGACGCCAUUCCAGCCAUGGGAGAACAUUCCGUCUACCACAGGGCCCUACUGGUCAGAUGAGCCAAUUCCGACAGCAUGGGUGCCUUGGGACACUAGUUCCACUUCCACAUCUGGCGGUUCCUACUGGUCGGACGUGCAGCCACCGGUCCCGACACCACACAAUCCAGGCUGGGAAGCGGUUCCUUCAUGGACCAACGAGCCCAGCGCUUCGGCAUACUGGUCGGAUGCACCGAAAGCGCCUAUCUGA